AAUUGACCCUGGUAUCUUAUUAAUAGCAGUGCCCAAUAAGCCAUUUCACCUUCGGCUGAAAGACCUUGAAGAGAAAAGAACGGGGGCAAAAGAAACCCAAGGAUAUCCUUGAAUCUUUGGAAAAGUAAACAUUCAAUAUCUACUAUGGGUCAUCUGCCUGUAGCCAUCUUGUUCUUCUAUGUUCUUACACUGAUAAAAGGUGACUUCCUGAUUGAAGGACUGAGGAACAUUCAGAAGAGAAGCACUACCACGAAUGUGGAUGGCAUAGAGGUCUACAACAUUAGCAUUAUCAGUAAGGUCACAUCUCGCUUUGCCCACAAUGUCAUCACAAGCAGGGCCGUUAAUCAUGCUAACAGAUCUGAAGAAGCCGUCUUCGAUGUGGAUCUGCCCAAAACUGCUUUCAUAACCAAUUUUACCAUGAAAAUCGAUGGAGUAGAGUAUCCUGGAAUAAUUAAGGAAAAAGAAGUUGCAAGAAAACAGUAUGAAACGGCUGUUUCUAGAGGACAAACAGCAGGACUUGUCAGAGCCUCUUCUGGUAGAAAGACCGAGAAAUUUACGGUGUCAGUCAAUGUGGCAGCGAAAAGUAAAGUUACCUUUGAAUUGGUUUAUGAAGAAAUGUUGAAACGUCACCUUGGAAAUUAUAAGAUGUUCAUCAAAGUCCAGCCAAAAACACUUGUUAAAAACUUUCAGAUUACUGUAGAUAUACAUGAACAACAAGGCAUCAGCUUUUUAGACGCCAAGGCAUCAUUUAUAACAAAUGAUCUGCAGCCAGCCAUCAAAAAAUCCUUUGCUGGAGAAAAGGGUCAAAUCUCCUUUACACCCACACUAAACCAACAGCGCACCUGUGCUGGUUGUACAACUACAUUACUAGAUGGAGAUUUUACUGUGAUAUAUGACGUAAACAGAGAAUCUCCAGGAAACAUACAGGUUGUCAAUGGAUAUUUUGUUCAUUUUUUUGCGCCUAAGCUUGGUGGAGAGUGCCCAAAAAUGUUUAUAUAUGUUAUAGAUAGAAGCAGCUCAAUGAGUGGUGCAAAAAUCACUCAGACAAAAGAAGCCCUCCUUCAAAUGUUGGAUGACACAAUGGAACACGACUACUUCAAUUUUAUAUUAUUUAGCACCUCUACUUCAGUGUGGCAGAAAAAUUUGGUGAAAGCAACUCCUGGAAACUUAGCAGCUGCCAGGGAAUAUAUCAGAAACUUUCAUAUUGAUUGGGCAACAAAUAUUAAUGAUGCCUUGAUGCAAGCGGUUCAACUCUUGGAUAGAGCACAUCAGCUAAAACAGGUUCCAGAGAGGAGUGUGUCUUUAAUAGUAUUGCUGACGGACGGUCAAGCUAAUGUUGGCGAAUCAGAUCCAGCAAGAAUUCAGGAAAAUGCAAAAAGAGCAAUCCAAGGAAGAUACACCCUGUACUGUCUUGGCUUUGGCUAUAGUGUUGAUUAUCCUUUUCUGGAAAAGAUGGCACUGGAAAAUUCUGGUGUUGCUGUUCGUAUAUACGAGGACUCUGAUGCAACCUUGCAGAUGCAGGGAUUCUAUAAUGAAAUAGCAAAUCCAACAUUGGUGGACAUUAAAAUGCAAUAUCCUGAGAAUAUCACAUCGAACGUCACUCAGAACACCUUCAAACACUACUUUGAUGGCAGUGAAAUAGUUGUUGCUGGACAUAUAACUGAUAACAACUUGGACUCAUUUAUUGCAAAUGUGGAGGCAGAAGGAACAAAUGCAACAGUGAGCUACAGUCAAAAUGUUCAACUCAAAGAUAAGGAUGCUGUGACAAAACAGCAGGAGUACAUUUUUGGUGACUUCACUGAAAGGCUCUGGGCCUACCUCACCAUACAGCAAUUGCUGGAGAAACGGGUAUAUGCUGAUUCGUCAGAAAAAGAAAGACUGAAGGCUCAAGCUCUGGAGCUUUCUCUUAAGUUCAAGUUUGUGACUCCUCUGACAUCGAUGGUGGUAACCAAACCUGAACAGAAAGACGAAAAGGCGCAAACUUUCGUUGCUGAUAAAUUUGUGGAGGGACAACCUGGAAAUGUUUACGUUGCUCAACCAGCUCCAGCUGGAAAUGUUUACGCUGCUCAACCAGCUCCAGUUCCAAAUGUUUACGUUGCUCCAAUAGCUCCAGCGCAGCCUAUUCGAAACUAUGGUGUAAGAAGCUGGGUGGACUCAGACCCUCAUUUUGUCAUUGCUGAUCUACGCAAGAAUGAUGCUUUGUGCUUUAAUAUACAAGAGGAGCCAGGUGUACUUCUGAAUCUUAUAAUAGACCAAAAGCAAGGUAUUGCUGUCAAUGGAGAACUCAUAGGUGAUAAGACAACAAAUCAAAGUGUACAAUCGAUUGAAACCUAUUUUGGAAAACUGGGUAUUGUAAACAAGAUGGUAAACCUGAGAAUUGAAGUGACCACAGAUGCAAUCACUGUCAUAGAUGGUGACGACCAGACCAUUUUCUCAUGGCUGGACACAGUCACGGUAGACAAAAAGGGAUUUAACUUUGCAAUCAGUAAUACAAAGAGUGUAAAGUUUUCUUUUGGAGAAGGGGCAACAUUUGUAAUUGUUCUCCAUAAAGUUUGGGAAGAAGAUCCUGUACACAGAGAUUACUUGGGAUUCUACACUCUGAAUGACCAUGCCUUUUCUGAAGGAGUUCAUGGACUGUUAGGACAAUUUUUUCAUGGAGUCGACUAUGAAAUUUCUGAUAUUCAUAGCACUGAUGACCCCAGCAAACCAGAUGCCACCAUGAAAGUAAAGAAUAAGCUGCUAACUGUGACAAGGGGUAUACAAAAAAACUACAGAGAUGGCAACACCGAUAACAGUGAAGUUCCUUGUUGGUUUGUACAUCAUAAUGCAGAAGGGCUGAUUGAUGGAAAAGCUACAGAUUACAUUGUACAAGAUAUCUUCAGCAUUGUUUAAAACAAUAUACAUUUCAGUUCUUGCUGUAUGAUUCAGUAUUGUCUUCUGUUAGAUUGUUUAUAGAGCAUUGUGUCUAUGUAAUGAGUUAACUAGACCAAUGUAAGAAAGCAUUUUAAUAACUCUGAGCAGUGCUGUGACCUUGUUACCUAUGUUAUCUAUACCCUGCUGUGUCAUGUAAAUGCUGUUAUUAGUGCAGAAAUUGCCUCGCAGUGGUACAGCAAGGCACAUGCUGUUUUUACUGCUCUUCUGAUGUCACCAGGAAUUGCUCCUACACUGUCUGCGACAGCUACAGUAUUUAAGGCUGGCCAUAGAUGAAGAUUUUUUUUUGUUCAGUUUUUUUGUGGAAUGAGCGGGAAAAUAAAUUAACCAAUUUCUGCAUCCACCUUGCUUGUGUAGAUAGAGAAAUCUCUCCACUGGGUCAUUGUAUCUUGUCAUCAAGACUUGCUGCUGUCAGAAUACACUGAUCAGCAGGUGCAGCCAAUUGGAUGCAGCUUCUGAUCAGUAAGAGUUUUUUAGAAUGUCCCUUCAACAGAAGUCGAUCAAGGGACAGCCACCUACUGAUCAAAAUUCGUCCCAUACCGGCUGAACUGAAUUAAUCUUGAUCCAUCUACGACCAGCUUAAGACAUGAUGCUCAGCUGGCUGAGUGAUGACAAUUUUAUUAAAAUACUUACUAAAUAAAUAUAUUUGUGCUAA